UUACAAGUGAAAAAAAUGCCAUUAAAAAGACAUGAAAGAAAGAAUGCGGAUAAAAAAAGAAAGAAAGCACUAGAAAAAAAGGGCACCAUUAUGUGUCAUCUUAUUACCCCAGGACCUAAAUAUAAACUUAAAACACUCGUCGGCUCCAAAGAUCAUUGUAUUUCGAAAUAUCAAAAUCCAGCGUAUACAUUCGGUGGUCCUAGACCUCAAGUCAUCUUUGAGACAGAAGGUCCAGGACCAAAAUACAUGAUCAAGAAAUAUAAACCUAUGGGAUUUACUUUUGGAUAUGCUAUAAAAAUUCGCGAUUUUACAUUUGGACCUGGUCCGAAGUAUAAAUUGCCAGAUGUCUCUCGUGGUCCUUUCUUUUCAAUCAAAUGGAAAACUAAAUUGAGGAAAAUCGAUGAAAUACCAGGACCUUACUAUUACAAACUUAAGACUGAUGCACCAGGAUUUUCCAUGGGACUGCCUCUAAGGGCUGCAAUAAGACCUAUGUCUAUAGGUCAUCAUUCAGCAUGUAACUUAGAUAUAAUAAAACCAAAAGCACCUAUAUAUACUAUGGGUACUCAGCAAAAAAGAGUACAAUUUAUUUCUGAAGGCCCAGGCCCAAUAUAUGCUAUCCAACCACCAAAAGCAAGACCAGCUUUUUCAUUCGGUGUAAAGCACAGCGUAUGUGCAUUACCUUAUAUAACUGAAUCAGCCAUGCUUACAGUUUUGGUUAAGGUAUUCUGUAAUGGAUCUUACUCUGCUGAGAAAAGAUUAAAAAUGAAAGAUAAAAAAAAUAAAUUCAGAAUGUUAAAUUGUACUAUAAAAGGUCCUGGCCCAGUUUACAAAUUACCAACAUUGAUCGGUUAUAGUAACCAUGAUCCAUCUCGACACAGAAAUCCAGCAUAUAGCAUACGAGCUCGAACUGAUUUGACUAAGCCCUUUAUAGGACCUGGUCCUCAUUAUAAUAUCAGACAUUUAACAAAAUUUGGAACAGAUAAUCCACCUGCGUAUACAAUUAGAGGGAGAAGAACAUGGAAAUUGCCAAAUCAUACUCCAGGACCAGGAGCAUAUUCUCCUGAAUUAUGUCCACCGAUGAACCAUAGUCGUAGAACACCAGCUUACAGCAUUAAAUCACGACAUAUAACAAAGUUUCUAGAUGAAGGACCUGGACCAAAUUCAUAUCUUUUACCAACAUGUAUUGGACCCAAAGUGCCUGAUAAAUCCGUUCAGGGUGCAUUUUCUAUUGGGAGUUACCGCAGGAUCUCUGAUAGAAUCAUAGGUCCAGGCCCAGCUGCGUAUAACAAAAUAAACUAUGAUAUAAUAAAACGACGAAAUCCGGCAUAUAGUCUAAAGGGAAGACACUUUUUAACAGAAAAAUAUCAUACUCCGGCACCAGUUUUUUAUCCAUUAUACAAUAUACACAAAAGGUCACCUAUGUAUUCAUUCGGUAUAAAGCAUAGUGAAUGUUCCGGAAUACCCAUGACACAAUUGGAUGAAGAUUGUUGAUUUUAUAAUUAAAAAUUAUGUAUAGAUAUUUUGUCGUAUUUUUACAUAUUAAAUUUUUAUUGUAGAAGUGACAUUAAGUAUACAUUAUAUGUGUGUA